CCAUGUUGAUGAGUCGAACCCCAGCUCGCGCGCACCGGGUGCGCUCAGUGGCAGGCUCGAGAAGAAGGGAGCGGCGCUACGCACAGCACGCGUCUUGAGUCGACCUUCUCGCUGUGAAAACUCUUCGAAGGAAAUUUCAGAAAUGGCGGAGGCCCACCAGGCAGUGGCGUUCCAGUUCACCAUAACGCCAGAGGGGAUUGACCUGCAGCUGUCCCAUCAGGCCUUCAACCAGAUCUUCCUGUCGGGAGUACGAUCCUGGAAGAAACGAGUCAGCCGCCUGAGGAACAGAGUGAUCAAGGGAGUGUACCCAGCCAGCCCUUCCUCCUGGCUCUUUGUUGUCAUAGCGAUCCUGGCUACCAUGUACAUGCGCUCGGAUCCCAGCAUGGGGCUCAUCAAGAUGAUACAGCAACACCUGCCACUAAGCCUCCACGUCUCUCUCAGCACCCAAGGGCAGACCAUGCUGUCGGCGCUGGUCUUCAGCACCCUGCUGUGGCUCUCCCUCAUCCUGGCGCUCCGCUUCUGCCUCAAGCUGCUCCUCUCCUACCACCAGUGGAUGUUUGAGCAGCACGGCCGGGUCUCCAACACCACUAAAGUCUGGGUGACUCUGCUGAGGUUGCUAUCAAGCAGGAAGCCUUUACUGUACAGCUACCAGACCUCUUUGCCUCAUCUGCCCGUUCCGUCAAUCAAAGACACAUUGAGCCGGUAUCUGGCGUCGGCCCGUCCUCUGCUGACCGAUCCAGAGUUUAAUCGCAUGACCGAGUUGGCCAGCCAGUUUGAGUCCAAUCUGGGAAACCGCCUGCAGCGCUACCUGAGACUUAAAGCUCUGUGGGCCACAAACUAUGUGAGCGACUGGUGGGAAGAAUACAUCUACUUGAGGGGCCGAGGUCCAAUAAUGGUCAACAGCAACUACUACGGCAUGGAUUUCCUCUACGUGACCCCGACCCCGGUGCAGGCGGCCAGGGCUGGAAACACAAUCACUGCCCUGCUGCUCUACCGCCGCAAAGUCAACCGGGAGGAGCUGAAGCCGAGUCGUGUUCCAGGCACAGUGAUCCCUCUGUGUGCCGCUCAGUGUGAGAGGAUGUUCAACACCACACGCACCCCGGGGGUCGAGACUGAUGUGCUGCAGCACUGGCAGGACAGUGAGUUUGUGGCGGUGUACCACAAGGGCCGUUUCUUCCGCCUGUGGGUGUACCUGGCAGGCCGGCUGUUGUCUCCCAGGGAGCUCGAGCACCAGAUCCAGAGGAUCCUGGACGACCCUUCACCCCCGCAGCCCGGAGAGGAGAAACUGGGAGCUCUCACCGCCGGGGAACGGGUUCCUUGGUUCCAGAUGAGGGAACGGCACUUCAGCUCCGGCAUCAACAAGCGCUCGCUGGAUUGCAUCGAGAGGGCGGCCUUUUUUGUGACGUUGGACGACGAGGAGCAAGGCAUGAGGGGGGAGGACCCGGCGGGGAACUUGGACCGCUACGCAAAGUCCCUGCUGCACGGCAAAUGUUAUGAUCGGUGGUUUGAUAAAUCCUUCUCCAUCGUGAUCUACAAGAAUGGGAAGAGUGGACUGAAUGCUGAGCAUUCCUGGGCAGAUGCACCGACAGUGGCUCAUCUUUGGGAGUACACGCUGGCCACAGACGCCUUCCAGCUGGGCUACACCGAGGACGGGCACUGCAAAGGCGACGUGGACCGCUCGCUGCCUCCUCCCCAGAGGCUCGCCUGGGACAUCCCCUCAGAGGUUCAGGCUCAGGCAUCCAGUUCUCUGGCCGUGGCCCAGGCGCUGGCGGACGAUGUGGACUGCCACGUGUUUCCCUUCAGGGAGUUUGGAAAAGGCCGCAUCAAGAAGCUCCGUGUCAGCCCCGACGCGUUCAUACAGAUCGGCCUGCAGCUGGCAUACUUCAGGGACCGUGGUGGCUUUUGUCUAACGUACGAGGCGUCCAUGACCCGUCUGUUUCGGGAGGGCCGGACGGAGACCGUGCGGUCCUGCUCCAAUGAGAGCAGCGCCUUCGUCAGAGCUCUGGAGAACAGAGAGGCAGAGGACCAAUGCAGGCGUCUCUUCCAACUGGCCUCCGAGAGGCACCAGAACCUCUAUCGGAUGGCCAUGACCGGAGCCGGGAUCGACAGACACCUCUUCUGUCUGUACGUGGUGUCCAAAUACUUGGGCGUGGACUCGCCCUUCCUCCAAGAGGUGCUGUCAGAGCCGUGGCGUCUCUCCACCAGCCAGACCCCGGUGCAGCAGAUGGAGCUGUUUGACCUGAAGAACCACCCCGACUUCAUUUCGCUGGGGGGCGGGUUUGGACCGGUUGCCGAUGAUGGUUACGGGGUUUCGUACAUCAUCGUGGGCGAGGACAUGAUAAACUUCCACGUGUCGUCCAAACACUCGUGCAGCGAGACGGACUCCCACAGGUUUGGAGUGCAGAUAAGCAAAGCUCUCAAAGACAUCAUGAAUCUCCUCGCCGACCCCAAAACCCUGCCGUCCUCCAAGGUUCAACAAGCCCAGCCGCAGUCCAAGAAGCAGCUCUGAAUGCGGCGGGAGAGCACACUCGGAGUAAAUACCCCCCCCCCCCCCCCCCAAAAAAAAUACAGCUGGGUGAAGAAAGCACCAAGAGCACAUAAUCUAGAUUCUGUAACGGCGUUUUUCUACUGACAGAAGAGGGUUCAGUGAGCGCUCCUCUAAAACGCUUGAUGAGCGGAUGUGUUGGGACUCGCCCCCCCCCCCCCCCCCCCCCCCGGCGUUGUCUGUUUGAUCUGUGACACCUGCACACAAUGUGCCAUUCUGAUCCGGGCAUUAACAAAGGCUUUUCAUGUUGGGGGUUUACAGCAUUUAAAAAUACUUGGUUUUAUAAUUUCAUAGAGAUGAAAGUGAGAGCUCUCUGAGAAUAUAAAACAGGUGAUUUUAAUUUAUUUUAUUUUUUUAAAUAAAGAGGGAUCAAAGUUCAUCUAGUAGGAAGUUGUUAUGACAGAAGCAGACUAAGAGACGGACUGUCUCAAAGCAUUAAGGUCUCAACAAACAUGAUUACUGUCACUUUAGUUUGAGAGUCUUUAGUAAAAGAGUCUUGAUGGCUUCUGGAAGGGUUUUAUUUGGGAGUGUCAGUUUUUAGGUCGUUGCCCUUUUCGGUUCAGUUCAAAUGCCAUGAUUGCUUAAAAAUGUGAUUGCUUACACCCCCCCACACCCACACACACACACAGCCCCACCCCCACACACACGUUUUGUGUUAGCUACUCCAGAUUAUACUGAUCUAUAAAUCCUAUAAACUAUGAGAAAGUCAUUGUGUUAAAGGGAACGGUACAGUUGAUGCCCACAGUGUGGACUCUUUUUGACCCUGAAAAGGACAAAGACGCAGUAAGAGCUUUACCACAAACGAGAUUUAGAUUUACAGGCACAAAAUAAUACUAAUUGUCAUUACUUUGUUUGCCACUUUCUAAUACUCCCACAAUGACUUGACCCCUUUUUGUAAGAUGUAAGAUACUCAGUUCUGCCUGAAGUAUUCAUUCAGUAAAACAAUUUCAAUGCAAUAUCCUGUCUGCUAUAUUUAGUAUUUUAUUUUUUAUAAAUCAAUGCAAUUGCCUGCGUGUGUCUGUUAUUUCCUGAUCCAUCUCAUGUGUGCUGGUAAAACAACAGAUGCAUUAAGUGCUUUUUAAGUUGCCAACCUUUACACUGUGUAUUUAAAUAUACAGAGAUUGCCUUAAUAUUUUAAGUGUCAAUGUUAUGUUGUCAACUUUAUCCAGUAAUAUGAGAUGGAAUCAGCUGACUGUCAGCAGUUUGAACAGUUUUGUGUGCAAUUGUGAAACUUAACAUUAGCUCCACCUUACUUGAUUUUGGGAUACAUUUUUAUUGUUUUCUUAUCUUAUUGCAGGAUAUUUUUUUCAGUUUGAUAAUGAACAUUUAACUUUUGACUUUGUUGCUAUUGUGCAUCAUGUUUUUUUUUCUACACACUGUUAGUGUUUUUUCGGUCAAUGGUUUUCCUGAAAAAUAUGUUUAAAUGUCAAUUGUUGGCUUUAUGAUGGAGGCCAUUUAUAGUUUGUGAUGGUUAUGUGAAAUAAAACACUUAUUGACCCCAGA